AUGGAGUUCGAAUCUACGGAGACUGUGCGCUCUACUCCAAGCCGACAUGAGAAAAGUUUGGGUCUUCUAACGAUGAAGUUUGUGAGUCUGCUGCAGGAGGCGAAGGACGGCGUGUUGGACUUAAAAGUGGCUGCAGACUGUUUAGCGGUAAAGCAGAAAAGGAGGAUUUAUGACAUUACGAAUGUGCUGGAGGGAGUGGGGCUCAUCGAGAAGAAAAACAAGAACAUUAUUCAGUGGAGGGGUGAGAACUGCCGCAGUCAGAGCCCGGAGCUGUUGGAGCAGGUGAAGCUGUUGAAGUCUCACGUGUCUGAGCUGGAGACUCAGGAGCAGGAGCUGGACCGACAGAAGGCCUGGAUCGAGGAGAGCAUCCAGCGGCUUAGCCACGACCCCAGCUCUGCCACUUACAAGUUUGUGAAACAUGAAGACAUCUGUGACGCCUUCAGUGGAGACACGCUGCUCGCCGUCAUGGCUCCUGCAGGGACACAGCUCGAGGUUCCUCUCCCCGAAAUGAGCUUGAGUGGUCAGAAGAAGUACCAGGUGAACCUACGCUCUCACUCCGCUCCCAUCCAAGUGAUGCUCAUCAACAGAGACUGUGAGGGCUCGGCUCCGGUGGUCUUCCCUGUGCCCCCCACAGAUGAACUGUGUCCCAUCCCCACACCCCCACACACCCCUGCCAGCCUUCAGCGAUUCCCUUUCUCCUCGCAGGCCUCCUUCUCCUACUGCAGCCAGGACUCUCUCUGCUCUGACCACCAGAUGGCGCUCAUGGACCAUGAAGAGGCCCUGACGCCCUCCUCCACGCCCCCCGACCUGCACAUGGAGUACCACACUGAGGCCGCCGUGAGCCUGGCCCAGCAGCACAUGGACCUGGUGGGACCUGAGUUUCAGCCUGUGAUGGACAUGAGCAACCUACUGAAGCUGAGCGGAGCCACCGCCCUCAAGGACGAACGCUCGGAAGCUGUGGACCUCAUUGAAGAAUUAAUGUCAUCUGACGGCAUGGACUACAACUUCAACUUGGACGAGCACCAGGGAGUGUGUGACCUGUUUGACGUCCAGAUCCUCAACUACUGA